CAUCAAGAACAAACCUCAUUAACGCAACCCCAUGAAGGACACUCAUUAAUAAACAAUGACAUUGUAAAAGAGGAAAAUAUGGUUAAAGAGGUUCAGCAACGCUUGGAUGUGGGUUAUAAAGAAGAUAUUUCUUUUGUAGAGCACCAAGAACAAACCUCAUUAACGCAACCCCAUGAAGGACACUCAUUAAUAAGUAAUGACAUUGUGAAAGAGAAAAAUAUGGAAGAGGUUCAGCAACACUUGGAUGUGGGUUAUAAGGAAGAUAUUUCUUUUGUAGAGCAUCAAGAACAAACCUCAUUAACGCAACCCCAUGAAGGACACUUAUUAAUAAGUAAUGACAUUGUAAAAGAGAAAAAUAUGGCUAAAGAGGAAAAUAUAGUUAAAAAGGAAGAUUUGGUUGAAGAGGGAGGUAUGGUUGAAGAGGAAG